UUCGAUUACCAUAUAAAAGCCGUAGGCGGCAUUUGCUCUGGCAUUGGCGGUCCAAAAUCUUCUGCGUUUCGCUCCUCUCGGUGCUCUUUUCUCUUCGGAUCGCCGCGCAACCCUAACCCUUAAGUGGGUACGCCUUUUCUAAUCCCCGAGGCAAUGGAUAACAGCACAGGUGGGAGGGAUGAUUUUUUUGGUUUGCUGGACUCAUUUCCAAGCUAUAGGGGAUUUGCUCGAGCAAGGAGCUUGUCAUCAAGUUUCUUUGGUGGCAGAGGUCCAUUUGAUGACCCUUUUUUCACUGAUCCUUUUUCCACUCACCCCUUCAGAAACAUCAUGGGCCCAAGCAUUUUUGAGAACAGCAUAUUUGGUCCACAUAGAAACCCUUAUAUAGAUGGAAGUAAUUUUGAAUUUCUGGAGGAUCAGCCUUUGCAGCAGCAUAGACCUUCCGGUCCAAUAAUUGAAGAGAUGUCUGAUGAUGCUGAAGAUGUUGAUGAAACUUCCAAGGAGCAUGAAGAAGGUCCUGAAAAGAUUCUCAGAUCUGGCAAGGAAGUAUAUGUUCAGGAUCCAACUGAGAAAUCAAGAGGAGUUGAAGAGUAUCAGAAUUAUCAGAAUGAGCUCCGUAACGCUUCUGGUGGCAAACCUCAAACCAGUAAAUAUACCUUUCACAGCUCAACCAUGAGAUACGGUGGCAUUGAUGGUACAUAUUACACAUCUUCCACAACUAGGAGGAUGGGCGGUGAUGGGGUGGUGGUGGAAGAAAGCAAAGAAGCAGACACAAGUUCCGGCAGGGCAGCUCACAGAGUUUCUAGAGGUAUUCAUGAUAAGGGCCACUCAUUUACUAGGAGGCUAAAUUCUGAUGGAAGGGUGCGUACCAUGCAGACGCUGCAUAACCUAAAUCAAGAUGAGCUGCCUGGGUUUGAAGCAGCAUGGAAGGGGAAUGCUGGAGAAACCUUGAUGGGAUGGAAUUCAGGGAUGGGCAUGCAUGGAUAUCAAAACACGAGGCGCAGCAACAAUCAAAGUGGCCGGUCUUCGAGGGUUAUCAACGUUGAAGUUCUUCCAUCCACAUCAGAUCAGAUAGAGGUAUCGAGGACUGGAUCUCAAACUUGACCAUACAUUUUGAAGGCCUGAGAAGCUUACUCUUUAGAGGCUUCAUCCCAUCAUAACUACUUUAUCAAGCUCUGUGUUUUUGAAUUACUUUCUGUUGGGUUUAUUCCAUGGAAUGUUUCAUCCAAUCUUACAUAUGAAUUUUACCUAUAUUUGUGUGCUUACUACGUGUUAAUGGAGUUAAUAACUUGA